AUGAAAGCACACCCACAGACGUACUCCAUGCCAAACAUGCCUGUUAAGGAGAUAGUAGAAUGCCUGUCAGAGAGUGGUUUUAAUAUAUUAGCAGCAGAUAUAACCAACCCCAACACAGGAUACAUCACAAGACUCUACGAAGGUAUUUUAGGCAUAUUUCUAGAGCAAAGAAUACCCGAGAGUGUUGAUGAGUCUGUCUCACUCGUUCUAAUAUAUAUGCACAUGAAGAAAUUCUUAGAAAGAAUAGGGAUUGGUCCGUUUCUUAUGUCGGAUAUUAUAAAGCCAGAAGCCAGCAGGACCAUACGGAUAUUAAGCGGGAUAGUUAACUUUGGGUUAUUUAAAGAGAGUAAGCGGCAUUUACUGACUAAUAUAUACAGGAAAAGGGAAGAAAUUGAAAUAACAAUAGAAGAGACAGAAAAAUAUAUUGAAAAAAGCGAAAGCCUAUUAUCACAGAAGCGGCAGGAGCGGGGUGAGUCACUCAGGCAGAUAAAAAGCAUAAUGAAAGAAAUUUCAGAGAAAGAAUCAGAGAUAAUAAAUUAUCACAGGACACAGCAGGCCACGGCAAUUGAAACAGAAGAAAUAUCUAAAGAGCAGGAGAGGUUAAACGAGUGCAUCAGCACAGAGAAGUGUGAGAUAAUGAAUAUAACCCAGGAGAUAACAAAGCUACAAGCAAAAAUAGUGAAGAAUCCAGAGCAAUUAAAAGAAUUAUUAAUUGCCAUGAAGAGUCAGCUAUCAGAUGAAACAGAAAUAUUAAAGGAGUAUGAGAAGAGAAUAUCAAUUCUGCAUAAUACUAUAGCCAUGUUUCAGAGGGUAACUGAGGAUUUAAAGUCACUCAUGUGCGUGGUUUCUUUAGUGGGGGAGUACAGCAAUAAAUAUUACGAGACAGAAGUUCAGCUGAAAAGGCUUCAGAACGAGAAUGGCUCACUUGAGAUAGAGAACAAAUCAAAAUUCUCUAAGAAACUGUUAUUGGAAAAGAAAAUCAGUUAUAUCGUAGAUAAAAUGGCAAAUUUAACAACAGAGGAUUCUAUUCGCAUGGACGGCUUAAAAAAAGAAUUUGAAGCACUCCGGGCAAAGCACAUAAAAAUAUCUGAGCAAAGAGAGCAGGCACAGCAAUUAAUACACAGAAAUAACGAAGACAUCAAAAAUUUAGAAAAGGAAAUAAUUGAAAUAGAAUCGGUGCACCACUCUAAAUUAUCUUCAAUAUAUAACGGAUUAGUACAACAGAAGAACUUCCUUAUUGGGUACGGCGAGGAUAUACAAAAAGUCUUUAAAGGUGAGUACAUUUUAUAA